GCUGGUCUUGAACUCUUGGCCCAAGGCAAUCCUCCCACCUGGGCCUCUGAAAGUGCUGGGGUUGCAGGUGUGAGCUACCACCCCCAGCCUCGUUCUCAUCUCUUACAUGCAUGGGGGAAAUGUUUUCCUUCUGGCUUGCAUCUGACCCUGCUCGCUCAGCACAGCCUCAGGUAGUAUCAGAUCUUAGUUGCAGUCCUGACUCCCUCCCUUACUGGCCAUGACAACUUGAGGAAGACCAUCCUUUCUGCCUCAGACUCAAUUGUCAAAUAGGAUUUAUGCCACCAGCCCCAGCUGUCUCAUGGGACUCUUGGACGGAUGGAGGUGAAAAUGCUCCAAGCACCUGAAGGUGGCAGAGAGGAAAGCUGACCAGCAUUGGGUCCUGUAAGAACAUCUGGGGAGAGAAUGGUAAAGCCAGGUGCCCUCUGGGCCACACUGGGAAGGGCACGGGGAAGAUCCCGGGACAGCUCUGAAGAAUCUGUUGAUAUCUUUCCUUCUCGUAAUUCCUUUCCACCAGAGGGUAGAGCAAAUACUUGGAACCUGGGAUUCACCCCAGGCCUCCCCUCACCUGGGAAUGCCUUCCAGCUAUGCAGACUGUGUUCACGCUGCCUCCAUUGUGGGAAAAUUGAGAUGUGCACAAAAGUGUCUAGAAUGCGGCUGCGAGACCGCAUCGCCACAUUCUUCUUCCCAAAAGGCAUGAUGCUCACCACGGCUGCACUGAUGCUCUUCUUCUUACACCUGGGCAUCUUCAUCAGCGACGUGCACAACUUCUGCAUCACCCACCACUACGAACGCAUGAGCUUUCACUACACGGUCGUCCUGAUGAUGGGCCUACAGUUCUCCCAGGUGAUCAGCAUCUGCUGGGCUGCCAUGGGGUCACUCUAUGCUGAGAUGACAGAAAACAAGUACAUCCGCUGCUCUGCCCUGACCAUCCUGAUGCUCAACGGAGCCAUGUUCUUCAACCGCCUGUCCUUGGACUUUCUGGCCAUCGAGUACCGGGAGGAGAACCACUGAGGCCUGGGGAGUCGGAACAGGGCUGAGGAGGCUGAACGAAAAGGCUGCCUCGGGUGUUUUAAUAAAGUUGUUGUUUAUUUCCA